CAAGGUAGCAAAAGGGAGACCAAAUGGUUUAUAAAUUUAUUAGUUCAUAAAAAUACAUUGAAAUCAGAUCAGUCAGUACUGUAUAAAGAAAUAAGUCAGAGCACUCAGUUUCAGCAAAUCUAGAAAAAUAUUUAUAUAGAGCGUAUUUAGAUCUGAAUAAAACUAGGCUGAGCCGUUCAUCGGCCGAGUCAGUCAGUACUACAGAUCACAAGAAUACCAGUGAUUGAUCCAGGUUAAUGGUGAACGGCUGUGAUACACACUGCACCCAGGAUCACAGCACCCCAACAGAACAGUCGGGCUGUGAUACACGCUGCACCCAGGAUCAUAGCACCCCAACAGAACAGUCAGGCUGUGAUACACACUGCACCCAGGAUCACAGCACCCCAACAGAACAGUCAGGCUGUGAUACACACUGCACCCCAACAGAACAGUCAGGCUGUAAAACACACUGCACCCAGGAUCAUAGCGCCCCCACAGAACAGUCAGGCUGUGAUACACACUGCACCCAGGAUCACAGCACCCCAACAGAACAGUCGGGCUGUGAUACACGCUGCACCCAGGAUCACAGCACCCCAACAGAACAGUCAGGCUGUGAUACACGCUGCACCCAGGAUCACAGCGCCCCCACAGAACAGUCAGGCUGUGAUACACACUGCACCCAGGAUCACAGCACCCCAACAGAACAGUCGGGCUGUGAUACACGCUGCACCCAGGAUCACAGCACCCCAACAGAACAGUCAGGCUGUGAUACACGCUGCACCCAGGAUCAUAGCGCCCCCACAGAACAGUCAGGCUGUGAUACACACUGCACCCAGGAUCACAGCACCCCCACAGAACAGUCAGGCUGUGAUACACGCUGCACCCAGGAUCAUAGCGCCCCCACAGAACAGUCAGGCUGUGAUACACGCUGCACCCAGGAUCACAGCACCCCAACAGAACAGUCAGGCUGUGAUACAUGCUGCACCCAGGAUCACAGCACCCCAACAGAACAGUCGGGCUGUGAUACACACUGCACCCAGGAUCACAGCACCCCAACAGAACUUCUAGGCAUGCUGUAAAACACACUGCACCCAGGAUCACAGCGCCCCCACAGAAUAGUCAGGCUGUGAUACACGCUGCACCCAGGCUCAUAGCACCCCAACAGAACAGUCAGGCUGCACCCAGUAUCACAGAACCCCAACAAAACAGUCAGGCUGUGAUACACGCUGCACGCAGGAUCAUAGCGCCCCCACAGAACAGUCAGGCUGUGAUACACACUGCACUCAAAAUCACAGCACACAGCACCCACACAGAACCCAAAGGCUGAAUAAUUCUGGUGGAACUAUAAUACGGUUUGACUACUUUCCAUAAAAGCCUUGUUUUAUUCAGCAUUGUUUGCACACUCUGUGAUACUUCCCAGUCACUAUGAAUACUGGCCAGUAUCAGGGUGGGUCAGUGCAAGAAAACGGGAAAAUAUUCUGCGAGGACCCUGCAAAGAUUCACUUCUGUCAUUAACAUCACACCAUAUAUCAUCCAGAUAUAAUAUUAACAUCCUAUUUUAUCUGGCUGCGAUAUAUAAUCCAGAUUAAUACCAUUAAUUAUACACUGCCAACGUAGAGUCUAAAUUAAUAUUACACUCCAGAUUAUUAUUGUACACGCUGCAAUAUAUUAUAUAGAUUAAUCUUGUAUAUAUCACUUGACCUGCCUGUAAUGCAUACCUCCAAAUGAAUAGUGUUCCCCCGUAAUAUAUAAUCCAUUUUAAUAGUGUUUCCCCUGUAAUAUAUAAUCCAUUUUAAUAGUGUUUCCCCUCAAUAUAUAAUCCCGAUUAAUAGAGUACCCACUGCAAUAUAUAAUCCAGAUCAGUGUACUCACUGUAAUAUAUAAUUCAGAUUUAUAUUGCACACAUGAACAGAGAGAGGUUCUAAAUAUAAGUGCUAUAAACGGUGCCAUCACCAUGUUCCUUCUGCACCACUUUUAAAUCUUCGCCCCAGGAUUACUAAUUAAAACUUUUCAAAAUUGUUCCAAAAUUGACCUGCAAGUAUAAUCCUUAAUAUUUGCUAAAGUUGCAUACAAUCGACAGAGUGGCUGAGGCUGCUCUGCGAAUCCUGGUGCCCCUAAAUGAAACCAGAGUAGCAUUCCAUGCGUGCAGGGGUCAGUUUUAACUAAAAACACACUGUGACUGGCAGACUGUCUGCGCGUACUCUCAUUCAAAUUAAUCAUGGCAGUGCAAGUUAACAGAAUCCCAGAAAUGUUCUAUUAAGAAAGCGUAGGCUCAUCACACAUCCGUGCAGCCAUUACUGGCAUGGAAAGCUAACAACAGUUACCAAACUGCAAAUCACCACAAUCUGGAGCAGAAUAUUACAUGUAAUUAUUUGAAGAAUUACAUUGAUGUCAUUGUGUGAUAUACUGUGUAUUUCAUUAUUUUGGACAACCUUUUCAAAUGAUCACGGCCUAUUCUCUUAGACUUUAAUGGUGACUUUUGUAGAUAAAUAAUUAGAAAAGUUUUAUGAACAGAUUAUGACCAUGUAAAAAACAAUCCAAAAGAACUAAACUGAGGUCAAUGUGGUAGAGAUGAAUACACUGUAUAGCGUACAAUGUUAGAUAAAGGGUAAAGAUGGGUAGAGAUGAAUACACUGUAUAGCGUACAAUCUUAGAUAAAGGGUAAAGAUGGGUAGAGAUGAAUACACUGUAUAGCGUACAAUGUUAGAUAAAGGGUAAAGAUGGGUAGAGAUGAAUACACUGUAUAGCGUACAAUGUUAGAUAAAGGGUAUUUAAAGACGGGUAGAGAUGAAUACACUGUAUAGCGUACAAUGUUAAAAGUUAUUCACAGACAGGAAGCAGGUAUGUAUUGGGGUUUUAAUUAGAAUGAGAUGUCCCCCUCUUGGAUUAUAAGGGCUAUUGGCACUUUACACCUGAGUCCGAAUAUUAUUUUGAUUAGAAACACUAAUUCUCUCUCUGAGACACAUCCGUCCCAUGUAAACAUUUAACAUGUGAAAGGAGAGAUGGGACACGUAGUAAGGCUUCUGGGAACACCAUGUCCGAGUCCACACUCAAGCAAUUGCUGCACUCGAAGUGAAUGUAAACAGUAAAACCAUCUUUGUCAAACACAGCCAGCAUCCUAUGGCACAUUCUUCACUCAUCUUAAAAAUAGAACCUCUCCUGCCACCGAAUAACAGCCUAAAUCAUUACAAAGUGGACACCCUGAAAGACCAACUGCUUGUGAAUGCGCUCACACCUACAGUAACUCAAGAUAUUCCCAGGAACAUGUUGUGCAUCUUAGAAAUUAAGCUUGACAGAAUAAUACAGAAAUGUGAACAUUUCACGGCUUAGUAAAUCACUCUGCCCCAAGACUCAACAUCUGUACGAGGAACCAGAAGAUAAGACGCUCUGAGUGGCGUUGGUUCCGAGAUUCCAGGUUUGGUUUCAAGUAUUCAAUGUCCCCUGACAGUCACAGGGCGUUCGCCAAAGGUCUCAUUUCUUAGAAUGGGAACCCAGGACAUGGCAGCCUUAAGCGUCCAUCACCCACCAUAUGGAAAUAACCAAAAGAGGAUAAUAUAAUGAAUGAAAGUCACAGAGAGAGGGCAAUAUAAAACCCGUUGUCCCCAUCUCUGUUACUGACAUUCAGGGAUUUCUUUUUCUGUAUCAUUUAGACUCUUGAUAUUCACGGUUUUCUCGGUCAAGUUUCUUUUAAAGGCUUUUUUUUUGUUCCUGAAGGACGUUACUUGCGUAGCGGAUGAGGCAAGUCAUUUAGUUUAUCAGUGCAUCCGACGCACAGAACGGACUAAUGAAAGACCUUCAUUUUUACUUUACACUUGAGAUGCAUUCUUUUAGAUUAAUAUAACAAAAUUCCCUGGAACCCUCAGUAAAGGCUGUCACAGUGUUGGUCAGCACUGACAGCGGAGUGUGUGGACACCACAGAAUUCCCAAAUUGUCAUAUGUUGUUACAGUGUACAGAGAUAAAAACGAUCUACACCACAACAAGCAGUCCGCACAUCAUCACUACAUCCGUAACACCUGCGAAGGUGGUUGUGUCCCUGACCAGCCCCAGGGUUAAUCUUAGUUGUUUGUUAGUGCAGUUGUGUUAUUAAAGGCCACAGUUGAGAGUGAGCUGUGAGGAGUUAGAGGUCCUCAGGCGGCAGAUUCCUCGCCCGGGUAGCACCGGCAACAUCCUACAGUGGAAAACUCAAGUUCCGGCUUGGAAUCCUCUCCGGUUAGGAGGACAUUUGCAGAAUUGUUCCAUUCGCUGAUGAUAUCCUGUACUCGUGUCACAUAAAGGAGGGAGAGGAGGACUCCAAGGAAC